AAUGCAAAGAGCGUGGCGUCACUCCAUUAGCCGACUGCAACCCUUAAAGCAUAGUUCCAACCUUUCCACUCUUAGAUUCUAAACAAGAACCAGUGGUGACGAUGGCAGCGUUGGUAACCGGCCUCAUCCCCAUCCUGCGGACAGCAGUGGAUGCCACCACCAACUACACGGGCCGCUCGCUGUGGUUCGGCUUCCUGUGCAUCCGCGUGGUGAUCCUCUUCCUGGCUGAGCUGCCCUUCCACAAGAUGGACUCGGACUUCACCUGCAACGGCACCGGGGACAGCCUCUGCACCAAAGCCUGCUUCAACGGACUGUUCCACAAACCCAUGGUGUCGGCCUGGAACUUCCUGUUUGUCCUGGUCAUCCUCUCCGUCAUGAUCAUGGAGCUGUUCACCUCUCACCUGCGCUCCCGGGCCGAGAAGAGGAGCGGCCAGGUGAAGGCCGACAUGGAGCUGGCGGGCCAGGGAACCGGGGAGGCUCGGGUUGGGACCAAAGACACCGAAGACACCCCAGGGAAGAUGGUGAUCAAUCUCCGUAGAGACAGAGGCACAGUGGGCUUCUACCUGCUCAGCAUCACUCUGCGUAUCCUGAUUGAAUCCUGGUUUGUCUUUGUUCUGUUGGGUUGGAACCUGCCGGCUCUGGAUAAUGGUCCGUUCAAAUGUUCCACGGAUAUUUGCCCUGAGUUGCGUGUUUGUGUUGUGAGGGCCGCUCCAGAGAAACGCAUGUCGAUCUACGCUUUGGCUUCUAUUUCAGGCAUGAUUGUGGUUUGUUCAACAUCAUUUUGUAUCUAUGCCAUUGUUCACUAUCUUUGCCACUUUUAAACACUGACACAGCAUGUUUACCUUGUAGCAUUAUGACAACAACAACAACAACAACAGGUUAAAAUGUUUCCAGGCAAACAGCAGAUACCGUGAACUACAAAACAAGCCACAAUAUCUUCAAUUUAGCCAGAAUUAAUGGAUACAUAUCUUAUUGAGAUCUAGAAAAACACAUUUCCUCCAUAAGCCUCCUCUCGACAUUUAAAGGAUAAGCAGUCAAAAUUAUGGAUGAAGGUUCCUACUUGUCUAUUCAUCAGUUAAUGGCUUAUGGACAGAUUAAAACACUUGCUUCCACAAUAUGAACCCUCCAGAACUCUCAGCUCAUGUUCCUGUAGAAUUAAAACAAAACAUGAUAAUGCUGCAUUCACUUGCAAAGUGGAAAAAAGAUAUUAGAGGAUCCCACAACAGGUUUUAUCAUUUUUGUUGACCUCACGCUUUUAAUUUGAACUGUAACAUUGUAUGAGUUUGAAUGUUUUAAUUCUUUACAGACCUCACACUUCUCAGUCUUUUAGCUCCGUUCUUAUUUCGUGUUUUCAUGUGAAGCAUUCUGAUGAUCCCCUGUGUCCUGGGAAAUGUGCCUCAUAAAUAAACUUGACUUUUAAUGAUC